CACGCCAAUGUGCAAUGAGCUAAUGUUGAGAUGUCGACUACAAGAUAAUAUGCUGCCGUGUAGUCACCUGUUUCAGAAACAACUCAUCGCCUGGGCUGGGGCAUGUUGUGUUAUGUCCUCAAAAACAGGCACGGAAAUAACAAAAACCACGUCACGGUCAAAAAUAUCGCUUAAUACGAUAUUAGAUGUGGUGUUGAAAAACGUCCAUGGGAAUGAUAGUUAUUAUUACCAGUUCUUCUCGAAGUACUCCAGCGAAGACGCCAGCGCCGUGUCAACGCACCCCAUCGACAGAGGCCGCUACUACAUCGCACAGCUAAAGUUCACUUCCGUGCAGGACAAAGACGCGGACAGACUCGUCACAGGGUCUUGUGUCGCUGACCAGGGAUAUUCUAGGACAAAAUGUCAGAUGAACUGCCGUGAACAAGUGUGCGGCUGCUCCGACCCUAUGCACACGGAGCAGUCCAUAAAUGACGGCUUACCUACCUGCAGUGUUACCCAAAUGCCAUGUCAUGCCACUGUCAAACUAGGUCCGCAUCAAGGCCAGGACAUGUGCGACUGCAAGCCUGCGUGCAAAUUCGUUUCAUCGAAUAUAGCGUUGCGGGCACUGGCGUUACGGGAUACGAAAUAUACUUUUGACUCCUUAUUUGCGGACGUGAACUACUCGGCGUCUGUGGUGCUGAGUCUGCGUGUCACGAUUGGUCAAUCCAAGAUCUUCAAUCGCAUGUCCACUGAAACCUGGUUCACUUUGCUUUGUACGUUGGUGGCGUCGUAUAAUAUGUUGAUUUUCCUUUCUAGCAUCGUUGGGUGGCGUUUUCAGCAUGUUCCUAGGCGUGGGCCUAUUCAGCGCACUGGAACUAUUCUUUUUUUUAAUUGUCAGACUGCCUCUAUCUAUUCGAAGAUCAUUAAAAAUGGACAACUCUGUUAUAAUUCUACAUGCUAAGUAGUAUUAAUCU